AUGCAGCUCAAGACCGUCCUUCUCUCCGCCCUUCUGCCCGGCCUCCCGGCUACCCUCGCCAGUCCCAUCAACGAGGUCCGCGUCCCGGGCGAGCUCCAUAAGAAUACCAAGCACGGCAAUAACAAGGGUGGCAACGGCAAUGGUCACGGUAACGGCAAGGGAAAUGGUCAUGGCAACGGCAAUGGCAACGGCAGCGGCGGCGGUGCCGGCGGCGAGUACGUGAACCAGGGCCCUUGGUGGUCUGUGAAGGGAUUCUCUCGUCACUGGAACGAUACCACGCACUCGGUCGAGCUCAGCUUUGCCAUCUGGGACUCGCGGGACAACAGCAAGGUAGAUUGCAACGUCAACGCCCGCAUACCCGAUGGGGUGAACUACAAGUUCGCUGAGUUCCACUCGGUGCCUUGCUCUAAGAACGAUCCUCCCGGGGCCCAGAAGUUCUUGAUCUCCAUGGGUUACGUGGAGUAUGCCGAUGCUGGAAUUCUGAACAUCUGCGAUAACACUUUCGACCCCGAGUAUUCAGCUCAAGCGUCGACUUACUUCGGGUUUGAGGGCAUCAACAGGCCCAAGGAACACGGGUUCGCCGAACUCUUGAGAGUCCCUGUCCAGUGGACCGGUUUUGGCUGUGUCUACGACAGGAGCCCUUACCCUUUGUAA